CUUUGCUGACGAUGUGAAAGUUGUCUACGACUUUCCCCGUGGCAAUGAAUUUUCCGCAAUAAAUAGUAUCCGUGAGGAUCUUAAUGCACUUGAAAAGUGGUGCGAACACUGGCAAAUGACCUUCUCCGCUCAAAAAUCUAACGUCAUGACCCACAGAUUCUCUAUACCUGCUGGGUCCCUAACAAUAAACGGCAGCACUAUCAAACAGGAUAUCAUAACAACAGAUCUGGGCUUGCGCUACUCUAUGAGCCUCAACUUUGCAGAGCAAGUGCAUUAUCAAGUCGCAAGGGUAAGAGGAUUAUCGUUCCACAUACGCCGUUACAUAGAAAACGCCGAUGCUAGGCUAGAACUUUAUAAGAGUCACGUCAGGCCACAUCUAGAAUAUUGCUCUUUUAUAUGCAGCAAUCUACGUAAGUCAGACCGUGUUCUGCUUGAGAAAGCUCAGCGACGCUUUACGAAGAUGUUGACUCCACCGCAGCAAGCGCUGAAUUACCGACAAAGGUGUGAACACCUUAAAAUUCAGCCCCUAUGGCAAAGGCGCAUUAUCCUUAACAUGUGCUUCUUACAUAAGCUAAUUCAUAGAAAGUUGCACAGUAAUAUCACUUGUCUUAAACUAAGGAGCGCGUCUGAAUCGAGACUCCGAAACAGGGGCCAUUCCAUUACUCCGCUAAAGGCAAAGAAAAGACUGCGGUCUCGUUUCUUCUUGGUUGUGUACGUGAACAUGUGGAACAGGUUGCCUUCCAGAAUAAGAGAAAUCCAAAAUUUGCAGGUCUUCAGGAAGGAGAUACAAAAAUUCCUAUGUUUUGGUAAUCUACAAAGCAUCUUCCAUAUCUGCGAUUCGCAAGACCACUUCUUUGAAACUGGCCCUGAUGUAGCUUGAGGACGCCCAAGAUGUAGUGCAAGACAUCUAAGCACCUUGAGCUCAAAACUCAUCCACAUUCAUUGUGGUUACCAUUCUAGCACCUAAGAGACUUGCACGGUAUCCGUCGCACCCAUUUUCCAGGGUUUAAGAAUAGCAAACGGAAUACAAUAUGAUCUUAUUCUUCAACGACCUCUUCCUUCAAUCCUUAUUUCUUAUCUACAUCUUCAUUCCUUCUCUUCAGACUUACAUUUAUCACUUUCCAACCUCUUGACCACUGGAUCCGUGGAAAAAGUAUUAGGCUUAUGACCUCCAUGGUACUCCUAGUAAACGCAUGCUACCAGACCUAAGCCUUGCAUAAGAUGAUGAAAGCGUUUUCUGCUGCUGAUGCACCCAAGCUUAGCAUUAGAAUUGUCCAAAAUCGUCUAAAUGCCGGCUUUAAAUGAACCUUUAUGUGUCUUCCUAGAUGUCGGUUGCCAGCGGGCCCUAAUUGAAGCUUUUUCAUUAAGUCUGAGCACUAGUUACUAUACUCAGCAGUUUCCAAACACUAUCAGUAGGUAAACAGCAAAAUAAAACAUAUAUCUUUCUUAUUGUUGACAAAGAGCGUACUUUGAAAGUUCUAGGCCCAAG